GCCUCCACGCUGGCGCACGUCCUGUCCGCCCCGGCGAUGUACAGCCUGCUGGAGAACGAACUCAAGCCGCCCCAGGGCAACCCCGGCGGAGGCGCCGCUGGCAACGGGGGUCCCGGGAGCGCCGGCAAAGGAGGAGGAGGCGCAGGAGGAGGAGGAGGCGGCGGAACCAACGCGUCCGUCCCGGACCAGGACCGGGUCAAACGUCCCAUGAACGCCUUCAUGGUGUGGUCGCGGGGUCAGCGUCGCAAGAUGGCCCAAGAGAACCCCAAGAUGCACAACUCGGAGAUCUCCAAGCGCCUGGGCGCCGACUGGAAACUGCUGAGCGACGCGGAGAAGAGGCCCUUCAUCGACGAGGCCAAACGCUUGCGCGCCGUCCACAUGAAGGAAUAUCCGGAUUACAAGUACCGACCCCGCCGUAAGACCAAGACGCUGCUGAAGAAGGACAAGUACGCGCUCCCGGGCAACUUGUUGGCCCCCAACGGGGGUCCCGGGGGCGGCGGUGGAGGAGGAGGAGGCGGCGGCGGAGGCGGCGGGGUGAGUAGUCCGGUAGGCGUCGGGCAGCGCCUAGACUCGUACGCGCACGUCAACGGUUGGCCCAACGGCGCCUACGCGGCCGCCUCGCUGAUGCCCGACCAGUUGGCCUACGGGCAGCACCCGGCCAUGGGCAACGCGCAGCUCCAGUCCCUCCACCGUUACGACGUGAGCGGCCUCCAGUACAGCCCCAUCAUGUCCGCCGCUCAGCCUUACAUGACGGCCGCCGCUUCGACUUACAGCAUGGCCGCGGCCGCCGCCGCUUACGGCCAGCAGCAGUCGAGCCACGCCAUGAGCCUGGGGACUAUGACCUCGGUGGUCAAAGCCGAGCCCAGCUCGCCGCCCCCGCAGCCGCCGGCCCUCGCCUCGCACUCGCAGCGGGCCUGCCUGGGGGACCUCCGAGACAUGAUCAGCAUGUACCUGCCGCCCGGCGGAGACGCCGCCGACCCGUCGAGCCUGCAGAGUGGACGUCUCCACGGCGUCCACCAGCACUAUCACAACGCCGCCGGGGCGGCCGUCAACGGCACCGUCCCACUGACUCAUAUCUAA